CGGGGCCGAGGGGGCGGCGGGGCCGGCUGGGUGCGGCGCGAUGCGGGGCGGCCGCCGCCUCUUCCCGCUGCUGCUCCUGGCGCUGCUGCCCGGGCUGUGCCACGGCAGGGAGUCGGCGCCGGGCGCAGUGACUUGCGGCUCGGUGCUGAAACUGCUUAACACCCGCCACAGCGUACGGCUCCACUCGCAUGAGGUCAAGUACGGCUCCGGAAGUGGGCAGCAGUCAGUGACAGGAGUUGAAGCCUCAGAUGAUGCCAACAGCUACUGGCGGAUCCGUGGGAAGAGUGACAGCAGUUGCCAGCGUGGGACCCCAGUGAAAUGUGGGCAAGCCAUACGACUCACUCAUGUUAACACUGGGAAAAACCUGCACACUCAUCACUUCCCAUCACCACUCUCCAAUAACCAAGAAGUAAGUGCCUUUGGGGAUGAUGGCGAAGGAGAUGACCUGGAUUUCUGGAUUGUGCAGUGCAGUGGUUCUUACUGGGAGCGGGAGGAUGCCGUGCGCUUCAAGCACGUGGGCACCGAGGUGUUCCUGUCCAUCACGGGGGAGCAGUACGGGCACCCCAUCCGAGGCCAGCGGGAGGUUCAUGGCAUGCCUGCUGCCAACCACCACAACUAUUGGAAAGCCAUGGAGGGAGUCUUCAUCAAACCCAGUCUGGACCCUGCAAAACAUGAUGAGCUCUGAAUUGGCACAGGAUCCAAAACGCUUCGUUUGACUCCAGUGUUUGGAGAUGCUAAUCCUUGGUCUCUUCUAAGUCCUGCCUUGCCUGAGUGACUGAUUUUCUGUGUUACUGAAGGGCAUUAGUUCAUUCUAGGAAUGCAGCACUUCUGUGGGGAAUGGCUUCUGCCAGGUUCAGCCACUGACAUUUAUUUGGUGAAGUCCUUUCUGAAUUUCCAAGCUUUAUUGGUGAAACUAGUUCAUACAUCUGUUAGGUUUUGUUGUCCUUUGUUGGCUUGUUACUUUUUCUCAAAUUCAAAGGAAAUGAAAAAAUGAAAGUAAAACUUUCCUCUAGUCUCAAGUACAAUAAAACUUUAUAUUUUGUAAUCUUUUUCCAGCUAUAAUUAAAUACUUAGAAACUGAUUUCUACAUCCUAGUGAAAGAAUGUUAUUGAUGAGGAGAUGGAUUGAGUGUAGAAAUGGAAAAAUGAUUCUGAAAUAUGGUGUUUUUUGAAUGACUUGCAGUCAACUAUUUAGUAUUUGAGUUUAAAAAAGUAUCCAUUUGAAAAUUGCAUCCAAUGUCUUAUGAGAGUUUCAUUCUGUAUUGUAUUGGAAAACUUGAAAAUAUUGUGUACGUUGGAGUAAGAAGACAAAAUUUUAGUAGUUUUACUUUGUCCAAGAAAUUCAGAUGUUCUGGUAGUGGUAGUACAGCUGAUUGUCCAUUGGUAAGGCUGCUGUGCUCUGUGAACAGGUGCAGAAAACUGCUGCUUGCUUAAUUAAUAUUGGAAUUUUACACAGUUUCUUAUGGUAUAAAGGAACAGUUAAAUUUGACUUACUUCUGUGUCGCUACAAGAUCAGUAUGACAAUCCAGGUGAAUAAAUAGUGAGGCAUACA